AUGAAAAUAUGUCUGCUGAUCCAAGAUCUGGUCUGCGCACUAAUGAGAAACUUCCAGCUGAGGAAAACCAAGUCAAAGGAGGCUAAAUUGACAUCGAAAAAGAGAGACAAGAGAACAUGGACAGCGGAGGAGGAGAGGUUGCUUAUUGACAUUCUACAUAACAUGAAUGAUUCUUCUUGGAAAGUAGAUACUGGCCACAAGUCUGGAUAUCUGACCUACAUUGAGAAGGAAAUGGCUAAAGUGCUGCCACAUGCUGAUCUUAAAGCAGAUCCACAUAUCAGGUCUAAAGUUAAGAUUUUGAAGAAGCAACUUUCAUAUGUUCUGGAAAUUAUGCAAAAUGGUAGUGGGUUUGGAUGGGAUGAUGAGAAGAAGAUGGUAACUGGAGAUAGGGAGACGUAUAUGGGCUGGGCAAAGUCUCGUGAGGGAGCAGGUCCUUUGUACAUGAAGCAUAUGGUUAACUUUGACAAGCUAUGUGAGGUAUAUGCUACUGAUUUAGCUAAAGGAGGGAGUGCUAAAGGUCCGGGUGAAGAAGAAAUAGUAGAAGAUGGAUCAACAAUAGAUGCACAACCUACCAGCAAACCAGCCAAGGAGAAUCUUCCUGAAUUAAAUGAUACAAGCCCAUCCGGUGGUUCUAGGCAUGGUCGUAAGAGAACAUACCCUGAUGAUGAAGCACUUGAGUCAGGUCUUGCAAGUGUGUCGAAUACAAUUGCAAAGUUCUUGGAAGCUGAGCAGGAGAAUGCUAAAACCAUGAAUGGUUUACAGAGGGCAUUUAUGCAUGAAUCGCAUGUUCAUGAGCAAACAUCAGCCAAUAGAACCAAGUUACUUGAUAUUCUCCAGAAUCUUAAGGGUCUCACAACCGAAGAGGUUGUAAUGGCUAUCCGUGUCAUUGGUGGUGAUGCUGGAAAGACAGAACUUUUCAUCAAUUUGCGUGAUGAUUACAAAGUGGUGUUUGUUCGUCAGGAGCUUGACGCGGCCAAAAAAUAA